AUGGCGGAGAAAGACGCCGGCGCGUCCACAACGACGAGCGAAAAGGCGCCUCUGCCACCAUUGUCGCAAAAGGAGUUUCGCAUAUAUAAUCGUAUGGCGGAGCAGAUGGAUAUGUUUCACAAUCACCACCGACAACUCUGGACCCAACUCCUGACCUCCUGCACCACCACCUCCACCAAAUCCUCAAAGUCUCUCUCCCCGCGCCAACUAAUUCUAACCGGCCUCCAAUUUUGCUCGGGGUUGUCCAUGCAUCACGCCAUCGAAGAACAACACAUCUUCCCCCUCUUGGCGAAAAAGAUGCCCGAAUUCCGCCGCGACCUCGUCGCUCAACACCGCGACAUUCAUACGGGGCUGGAGAAGUUAGAAGGGUACUUGGAGAAAUGCCGCUCGGGCGAGGAGGAUUUGGAUCGGGGCGAGGUGAGGAGGAUCAUGGAGGGGUUUGGGAAGGUGUUGUGGGAGCAUUUGGAUGAUGAGGUGAAAGCGCUUGGGGCGGAGAAUAUGAGACUUUAUUGGAGUGAGAGGGAGAUGAGGGGGUUGCCUAUGUAA